AUGGCCGGAUAUGGUAAUGGCGAGAGUAUCGUGGAGGAGGAGAGGAGGUUUGAUGCCAGAGGGAGCGAGUUGGCGGAAGUGUGGGACGGAAAGGCACGCGGGAACAAGCUGACUUUGGCGGUUGAAUUCUUCUUGAGCGAAGUGGGUGUACGAAUGACAGGCCCAGUGAAGCCCUCGGCCCAAGCGCGGUUCUUGCCAGGCAGCGGACAGGGCCAGCAGGCGAGAGGCCACGGUCCAGAGACGGUCGAUACUAGCGCUCGCGCUGACACAGAGGGGAAGAUCUACUGUAGGAAAGCUCUAAAAUGCAGAUUUGGAUGCCGAAUGCCUUGA